AUGCGUUUUGUAUACUGGUUCAUUUAUUUUUACAGCAAUGAAAGUGAUGAUAUCGAUCAUAUUGUUGCCAUGGUCACUGGUUUGCUGGAUAAACCUGUCCUGUUUGUUGCAGAACAUCCAGUUGGAGUAGAACCUCGUGUGCAACAUCUGAUUAAAAAAUUAAACUACCAACAGCCAGAAGAUGUUAUGCUAUUAGGGAUAUUGGGAAUUGGAGGAAUUGGAAAAACAACCAUUGCCAAGGCCAUUUAUAAUCGAAUUCAUCGUCAUUUUGAUGGUUGUUGCUUCCUUCCAGAUAUAAGGGAAUCUUGGGAGCAAAGUACUAGUCAAGUUCAUUUACAAGAGCGACUUCUCCGUGACAUCUACAAAAAAACUAAGAUAAGGAUACACAGCGUUGAAUCUGGAAAAAUUAUAUUACAAGAAAGACUGAGUCGUAAAAGGGUACUUCUUAUACUUGAUGAUGUUGAUAAGCCAGACCAACUAAAAGCUUUGUGUUGGAAUCGUAAAUGGUUCGGUCCAGGGAGUAGGAUAAUCAUCACAACAAGGGAUGAGCAUCUACUUAAAAUUCUUAAGGUUGAUCAUGUAUCAAGAAUAUCAAAAAUGGAUGAUACUGAAUCUAUUGAGCAACUUAGCUGGCAUGCAUUCAAACAAAAAAAGCCCAAAGAAGAUUUUGUUCAACUUUCCAAAGAUGUAGUUGCAUAUUGUGGGGGAUUGCCACUAGCUCUUGAAGUCAUUGGGUCUUUUUUGAUUGAGAAGAAGGCAAAAGAGUGGCAAAGUGCGGUGGAGAAACUCAAAAGAAUUCCCAAUAGUGAUGUUCAUAAGAAGUUAAGAAUAAGCUUUGAUGGUUUAAAUGAUGAUGCAGAGAGAGAAAUAUUCCUUGAUAUAGCCUUUUUCUUUAUUGGGAUGGACCGAAAUGAUGUGAUUCAUGUUUUAGAAGAACAUGAUGCUGAAAUUGGAAUAAGUGUCCUUGUAGAUAGAAGCCUUGUGACCGUCGACAAUAAUAAUAAGCUUGGAAUGCAUGAUUUGUUGCGAGAUAUGGGGAGAGAAAUCGUGCGUGAGAAAUCACCAAAAUAUCCAGGGAGACGUUGUAGAUUAUGCUUGCAGAAUGACGUGCUUGACGUAUUAUUAAAACAUACUGGUACAAAAGAUCUUGAGGGGCUAGCUUUGAGAUUGCCAAGAACCAAUUCAUAUUGUUUGGAGACCAAAGCAUUUAUGAAGAUGGAGAGACUCAGAUUGCUUCAACUUGCUAAUGUAAAACUUGAGGGGAAUUUUGAAGAUCUACCAAAAGAUCUAAAAUGGCUUUAUUGGCACGGGUUUCCUUUUGAUUACCUACCUUCAAACUUUUAUCUAGCAAGUUCAAUUGCCAUUGAGUUUGAAUUCAGCAGCCUCAGAACUUGGAAGGACGUCCAGUAUAUGGAGAAGUUGAAAAUUCUCAAUCUCAGUCAUUCUAAUCUACUGACACAGACCCCUAAUUCCUCGUACUUGCCUAAUCUAGAAAAGUUAUUACUCAAAGAUUGUCCAAAUUUGUGUGAGAUUUCAGAUAGCAUUGAAAAACUCACAAAAAUUCUUCUGAUAGAUUUGGAAGAUUGCAAAAGCCUUCCUAAUCUUCGAAGAAGCUUUUAUAAGCUGAAAUCUCUAAAAACUCUCAAUAUUUCUGGAUGCUCAAUGAUUAACAAAUUGGAAGAGGACUUGGAACAGAUGACAUCCUUGAUAACUUUAAUUGCGGAUAAGACUGGCAUAACACAAGUUCCGUUUUCAAUAGUCAGAUCAAAAAGCAUUGGAUAUAUUUCUCUAUGUGGCUAUGAAGGAUUCUCAUCUGAUGUAUUUCCUUCUCUCAUUCGGUCUUGGAUGUCACCACCGGGUAAUCUUUUGUCCUUCGUUCAAACAUCUGCCUGUUCAGAACUUGUUCCUUUGGAUGUACAAAAGCUUCGACUCCUCUCGGUUAAGUGCAGCAUUGAUUUUCAAUUAACUGAAGGUGUAACCAGGAUUUUAGAUACCUUAUGUGCCACGUACAACAAACAAUUAGAAGCGACACCCACUACAUCACAAGUCAUGAAUAUCAGAAGUUUGACAGCAAUUGAUUCUUGCAAUCAAUUUCGAAUUUGGGGACCUCUUUUGAUUGAAGUUGGAAUCAAGAGCCAACUCACCAGCAAUCUCCGGGACAGAAUUAUACAGGUUUAUCUCUAG